AGUCCAUAGGCCCCGCCCCCGGGGCCGCGCGGGCGCAUUGGCUGUACCGGGCGCGGGCGCUCGGUAGCACUUUGAACCGGGCGUUGAGCAGCUGGGACCGGAGUUGUGCUCACCGGGGUCGGGCCAGGUCGCUGCUGCUCUGGCCAUGGCCGAGGCACGCACAUCUCGCUGGUACUUUGGGGGGCUGGCUUCCUGCGGAGCCGCUUGCUGCACGCACCCGCUGGACCUGCUCAAGGUGCAUCUACAGACCCAACAGGAGGUGAAGCUGCGCAUGACUGGAAUGGCACUGCAGGUGGUGCGAACCGAUGGCUUCCUGGCGCUCUACAAUGGCCUGAGUGCGUCGCUGUGCAGGCAGAUGACCUACUCUCUGACUCGGUUCGCUAUCUACGAGACCAUGCGGGACUACAUGACCAAGGACUCCCAGGGGCCUCUCCCCUUCUACAACAAGGUGUUGCUGGGCGGCAUCAGUGGUUUAACUGGAGGCUUCGUGGGGACCCCAGCAGAUUUGGUCAAUGUCAGGAUGCAGAACGACAUGAAGCUGCCCCCAAGCCAACGACGCAACUACUCUCAUGCCCUGGAUGGUCUGUACCGUGUAGCCCGUGAAGAAGGCCUGAGGAAGCUCUUCUCUGGUGCAACUAUGGCGUCCAGCCGUGGGGCCCUCGUCACUGUGGGCCAGCUGUCCUGCUAUGACCAGGCCAAGCAACUGGUCCUCAGCACUGGGUACCUGAGUGACAACAUUUUCACCCACUUUGUCUCCAGUUUCAUUGCUGGUGGAUGUGCCACGUUUCUGUGCCAGCCCCUGGAUGUGCUGAAGACUCGCCUGAUGAACUCCAAGGGCGAGUACCAGGGUGUUUUCCACUGUGCCAUGGAGACAGCAAAGCUUGGACCCCAGGCCUUUUUCAAGGGUCUCUUUCCCGCGGGCAUCCGUCUCGUCCCCCACACUGUGCUCACGUUCAUGUUCCUGGAGCAGCUUCGGAAGCACUUUGGCAUCAAAGUGCCAACCUGACAUGGCCAGGGACACCUGGGCCAGGCUCGGUCACUGUGCUGAGCUCCUUGGAAGAGCGGGAAAGGAACGGGCUCUCCUCCUUGGCCUGGGCCCAUGCUGGUCCCCAGCAGGCUCCUGCUCUUCCCUGCCUUGGGCUGCUGGCUAUGCCUUCUGACCCUGCCUUGGCCCCACUCAAGUGGCACCUCUGCCCUACUUACUCCCAGGCUCUCCCCACUGGGUCACCCCGUCUUCCUAUCUGAUGAUUCACUCAGAAGAGGUCUGGCCUGGCUGGUGUCACUGUCCCCACCUCCCUGGCUGCUACCGUGCCCUGCCUGGCAAGCCCAGCGAAGCUGAGUUCGUUUCCUGCUCCCUCUCGCCCCCUGUGCAGGGAGCAGCUUCCACCCAGAACUUGGGUAGUGUGGCAGGGUACAGCCUGUGGCAGCUUCUGCUUACCAAAUGACUAGAGCACACACUCAAGCACUUUGUCACAAGAGGGACCACCGUGCUGUGUUCUUGAAGGUAGUGCCUUCAGGAGAGGGGACAGACAGGCAGCGCAGAUCACCAGCAGAUGCCAUGACCGUGGAGUCCAGAGAAAGUGCCGGGGGUUCCCGAGCGCACCUCCUGUAUGCAGCCUUGGCUGCUCUAAUGGUCAGUUUUGCUGAGCCCUCCUGCUCAGCGGCUACUGCCGUCACCAGGAACUGUCUGUGUCCCUCACACGCCUGUGCCCUCCCUUGCUCGGCUUCCCCAGGGCCAGGUGGGCAUGCUGGCAGAGCUGGGGCAAUGAUGGAUUCAUCGUUUGUGCCCUCCCAGGACCUGGCUUCCUGUAUGGCAGGCAUCACCCCUCACCAUCCCUCAGGCUUCGAAGCAGCCUGUUUUCCCUCAAAUGGGGUUGUGUGUAUCAACACGAGGUUCGGCCCUGUGUCUCCCACAGGCCCUCCCCCAGGAGGUGGCAGCAGCCCAGGGGCACUGCCUACACCUCUCUUCAGGAUCUAAUAAACCAAGUGGCCUGGGAGGCCUUUCUGUCUUCCCUGCACACUCCUCGCCCA